CUCCCGCGGGUUCACGCCAUUCUCCUGCCUCAGCCUCCCGAGUAGCUGGGACUACAGGCGCCCGUGACCACGCCCGGCUAAUUUUCUGUAUUUUUAGUAGAGACGGGGUUUCGCCCUUUUAGCCAGGAUGGUCUCGAUCUCCUGACUUCGUGAUCUGCCUGUCUCGGCCUCCCAAAGUGCUAGGAUUACCGGCGUGAGCCACCGCGCCCGGCCCUGUUUCCUUUUUGUUUGUUCCCUGAUACCCUGUAUCAGGACCAGGAGUCAGUUUGGCGGCUAUGUGUGGGGAAGAAACUGGGAAGUCAGGGGCUGUUUCUGUGGACAGCGUUCCCGGUCCUUUGGAAGGCACAGAGCUCUCAGCUGCAGGGAACUAACAGAGCUCUGAAGCCGUUAUAUGUGGUCCUCUCUCAUUUCCAGCAGAGCAGGCUCCUAUGAAUCAACCAACUGGGUGAAAAGAUAAGUUGCAAUCUGAGAUUUAAGACUUGAUCAGAUACCAUCUGGUGGAGGGUACCAACCAGCCUGUCUGCUCAUUUUCCUUCAGGCUGAUCCCAUAAUGCAUCCUCAAGUGGUCAUCUUAAGCCUCAUCCUACAUCUGGCAGAUUCUGUAGCUGGUUCUGUAAAGGUUGGUGGAGUGGCAGGUCCGUCUGUCACACUACCCUGCCACUACAGUGGAGCUGUCACAUCCAUGUGCUGGAAUAGAGGCUCAUGUUCUUUAUUCACAUGCCAAAAUGGCAUUGUCUGGACCAAUGGAACCCACGUCACCUAUCGGAAGGACACACGCUAUAAGCUAUUGGGGGACCUUUCAAGAAGGGAUGUCUCUUUGACUAUAGAAAAUACAGCUGUGUCUGACAGUGGCGUAUAUUGUUGCCGUGUUGAGCACCGUGGGUGGUUCAAUGACAUGAAAAUCACCGUAUCAUUGGAGAUUGUGCCACCCAAGGUCACGACUACUCCAAUUGUCACAACUGUUCCAACCGUCACGACUGUUCGAACGAGCACCACUGUUCCAAUGACAACGACUGUUCCAACGACAACUGUUCCAACGACCAUGAGCAUUCCAACGACAAUGACUGUUCCAACGACAACGACUGUUCCAACGACAAUGACUGUUUCAAUGACAAUGAGCGUUCCAACGACAACGAGCAUUCCAACAACAACAAGUGUUCCAGUGACAACAACGGUCUCUACCUUUGUUCCUCCAAUGCCUUUGCCCAGGCAGAACCAUGAACCAGUAGCCACUUCACCAUCUUCACCUCAGCCAGCAGAAACCCACCCUACGACACUGCAGGGAACAAUAAGGACACAACCCACCAGCUCACCAUUGUACUCUUACACAACAGAUGGGAAUGACACCGUGACAGAGUCUUCUGAUGGCCUUUGGAAUAACAAUCAAACUCAACUGUUCCCAGAACAUAGUCUACGGACGGCCAACACCACUAAAGGAAUCUAUGCUGGAGUCUGUAUUUCUGUCUUGGUGCUUCUUGCUCUUUUGGGUGUCAUCAUUGCCAAAAUGUUUCAUUUAGCAGCCUUCAAAUUAAAGCUUUGCAAAAUGCAGUUGAAAAGGAAGUCCAAGCAGAAGACAAUAUCUACAUUGAGAAUAGUCUUUAUGCCACGGACUAAGACCCAGUGGUGCUCUUUGAGAGUUUACGCCCAUGAGUGCAGAAGACUGAACAGACAUCAGCACAUCAGACGUCUUUUAGACCCCAAGACAAUUUUUCUGUUUCAGUUUCAUCUGGCAUUCCAACAUGUCAGUGACACUGGGUGGAGUAACUCUCUCACUCCAAACUAUGUAUAGUCAACCUCAUCAUUAAUGUAGUCCUAAUUUUUUAUGCUAAAAUUAGCUCAAUCCUUCUGAUCAUUGCAGUUUUCUCUCAAACAUGAACACUUUAUAAUUGUAUGUUCUUUUUAGACCCCAUAAAUCCUGUAUACAUCAAAGAGAAUAGUCCCUGGAAACAUAGCAAAUGAACUUCUAUCUUGGCCAUCAGAGCUGUCCAGAAGAGGGGAAUCUGUCUUAAAAACCAGCAAAUCCAACGUGAGACUUCAUUUGGAAGCAUUGUAUGAUUAUCUCUUGUUUCUAUGUUAUACUUCCAAAUGUUGCAUUUCCUAUGUUUUCCAAAGGUUUCAAAUCGUGGGUUUUUAUUUCCUCCAUGGGGAAACAAAGUGAGUCUAACUCACAGGUUUAGCUGUUUUCUCAUAACUCUGGAAAUGUGAUGCAUUAAGUACUGGAUCUCUGAAUUGGGGUAGCUAUUUUACCAGUUAAAGAGGCUACAAUAGUAUGGAACACAUAGACACCAGGGGAAGAAAAUCAUUUGCCAGGUGAUUUAACAUAUUUAUGCAAUUUUUUUUUUUUUUUUUUUUUUGAGAUGGAGCUUUGCUCUCGUUGCCCAGGCUGGAGUGCGAUGGUGAAAUCUCGGCUCACUGUAACCUCCACCUUCCGGGUUCAAGCAAUUCUCCCGCCUCAGCCUCACGAGUAGCUGGGAUUACAGGUGUCCGCCACUAUGCUCAGCUAAUUUUUUGUAUUUUUUUUAGUAGAGACAGGGUUUCACCAUGUUGGCCAGAAUGAUCUCGAACUCCUGACCUCAGGGGAUCCAGCCUCCUUGGCCUUCCAAAGUGCUGGGAUUACAGGCAUGAGCCACCGUGCCUGGUCCAUUUAUGCAAUUUUUAUUACACGUGUGUCAUGGUGCUAAGCAUUUAAACAACCAUCAGGCUUUCUGAACAAAUUUUUAGAACCAAGAAGGUCAGCAAUAAAAGAAAAAGAAAAAGGCGGGAGUAGGGAAAAGUCUGCCUUUUCUGCCUUAUAAGUUACAUUGCAGAUAUAAGUGUUUGAAACUCACUAGUUUUGACCCAAAUUCUAAAUCGCCUCCAAACCACUUUCAUGUUUAAAAUUGUUUAGGAGGCUAGCGCCGUGGCUCAUGCCUGUAAUCCCAGCACUUUGUGAAGCCAAGGUGGGCAGGUAGCUUGAGCCCAGAAGUUUGAGACCAGCCUGGGCAACAUGGCAAGACCCCAUCUCUAUUAAGAAAAAAAUUUAAGAAAAAAAAAAAAAAGAUAAAAUUGUUUUGGAAAGGCAAAGUGUCUUUCUCAUAUCUAAUCAAUUCCUGUAUUUUUUUUUUUAUAAUUCAAUUAGGCUUAUUGUAAGGAUAUCUUUAGUCAGUAUAAAAAUAUAUAAAAAACAAUUAUACUAAACCAGUAUAAUUGUUUACAAGUAUAUAUUUGCCGGCCGGGCAUGGUGGCUCAUGCCUGUAAUCCCAGCACUUUGGAAGGCUGAGGCGGGCAGAUCACUAGAGGUCGGGAGUUUGAGACCAGCCUGACCAACAUUGAGAAACCCUGUUCUCUACUAAGUAUAGAUUUGCAAGGGCUAGAUUUGUCAGAAAAGAAACAUUUCUACAUGAACAGUUAAGGCUGGGUAUUAAUUUCAAUUUCAGUUUGAGUAAACUCUGAAAUAAUUCAUGGUUGAGCUACCCAUACCAUAGUUGUCUGGGGCAACAGGAUGCUUGCUUUCAGAGGAAACUUUUUGUUUUUGUUUUUGUUUUUUUGAGAUGGAGUUUUGCUCUUGUCACCCAGGCUGAAAUGCAAUGGCACAAUCUUGGCUCACUGCAACCUCCACCUCCCAGGUUCAAGUGAUUCUCCUGCCUCAGCCUCCUGAGUAGCUGGGAUUACAGAUGCCCGCCACAACUCCCAGCUUAUUAUUUUUAGUAGAGACAGGGUUUCACCAUAUUGGCCAGGCUGGCCUCCAACUCCUGACGUCAGGUGAGCCACCUGCCUUGGCCUCCCAAAAGUGUUGGGAUUACAGGCAUGAGCCACCGCGCCCAGCCAGAGGCAACAUUUUUUAACACAGUUAUCGUUCUAGGAAAUUUAUAGGUCCUUUGAAGGAAAAUUCUGUGGGCAAAUAAAUUGUGAUACAUGGUAUUUCAGUUUUCCCAAAUGUGGCCAGCCCGAUCUGGUCAAAAAUUUUAUUUUUUAAAAACUAUAGUGUCUUUUUUUCUUAAAUUUGAGGCAACAUGCACAAAAUUGGAGAUUUGAAAUUAAAGCCAAGAUCUGUAGUUUCUCUGGAAAGACCUGGCAAGAUUGGACUGGAUUGCUAUGUGACCAGGGUCCCACUAGAUGGGGCUGCAUCCUCUAAUCCCCAAAUCCUUACGUUCCCUGCACGCUCACCUUUGUUACCUGCCUGACACCUGUGGGGCUUUUAACUUUAUGGCAACUGCCCUAUUCUCUGGAUCCUUCCUGGGGAUUUAUGAUGCAUAAUACUCCGGGAAUCUGGUUAGCUUUGCUUAACACAUUUCCAAAACUUGUUUGAAUGCAUGAGUACAGUCACUAGUAGCAUUCUGUGAAGUACAAUGUAUGGGGGCUUAGGAGUUUAGGGUAGUAUACAGGAUUAGGGAUAGGACUCGAGUCUAAUCCUAACUCUUAGCAGUUACACUGGAUGACAUUAGAGCAAAUGGUUCUUUACGUCUACAUUUUCUUCAUCUGUAGAUGUAAUAAUUUCCAUAUCAACUAUGAUGUACAGUGCUAAUUCCAAUGAAAUGUUACAUGUGAGAAGUCUUUGAAAUGUAAAAAACACUACAGAUACUGAAGCAGUUUGGAGAAUUAAAAAACACUAUGAAAACAUAGCUUGGUAAAUAAUUUUUUUUUUCUUUUGAGACAGAGUCUGGCUCUGUCAUCCAGGCUAGAGUGUAGUGGCACAAUCUUGGCUCACUGCAACCUCUGCCUCUCGGGCUCAAGCAAUUCUCCUGCCUCAGCCACCUGAGUAGCUGGGAUAGCCACCAUGUCCACUUAAUUUUUGUAUUUUUAGUAGAGACAGGGUUCCACCAUAUUGGCCAGGGUGGUCUUGAACUCCUGAUGUCAAGUGAUCUGCCUGCUCAGCCUCCCAAAGUAUUGGAAUUGCAGGUGUGAGCCACCGUGCCUGGCCAGGGCUUAGCAAAUAAUUUCAAUGGUGUUACACCUUGAACACCAUUCAGUGUUCUCUUGCUGUAUGGUAUCUUUUAAAAUAACAUUUCUUUUUUGAGACAGUUGAUAUUGGGUAAUUUGGCCAUCAUCAUAUACUGUAGAAAAAAAUUGUCAAGUGAGAGGGAGAAUAGGUAAGAAGGAAGAAAGGGGAGGAAUUUAGUGAAUAUGAAUUCUUUUCCUUUAGAUAUAUUAGUCUUGUAGAUCACAUUGAAUUUUUUAAAUUACUAUUUAAGAUAUUGUUGAGAUUCCAUUACCUCCAUUUUUAAAUUACUAUUUAAGAUAUUGUUGAGAUUCCAUUACCUCCAAUCAGUCUUGGGACAUUAGAACACUGGUAUAAUUAAGACUGUAUGUUUAAAUUGAGAAAUUUUGCACAACUUUAACAAGUAGCUGAACUAAUUGUUCACUGAUGGCUUUAAAGAUGAAAUAAUUCUGUGAAUACAUGAAACUGUGAGGGACUCUUCGUGGUUGUCUAGGUUUAUUUAUAUGCAUACUCAUUAAUAAAAGUUUUUUUUUGUUUGUCUCUUGAAAACAAAACAGCUUUGUUUUAACAAAACAGCAAUGGAACAAAUUUGAAAACCGACUCGAUAUUUUCU